AUGGCGGAAGGGACUUAUGUUAAGCUCACCAAAGAUCAAAAUUCGUUGCAAGAAAUUAAUCCUGGUGAACUCAAUCAACCCAUUGAUGUUGCUCGGGUGACUGCUCGAAAAUGCCCAGAAUGUGGGCAACCCUUGCCACAAUCUUAUGAACCCCCUGCAGAUGAAGAUUGGUCUACUGGAAUUUGUGGUUGUGCUGAAGAUACUGAAAGUUGUUUCACUGGAUUGUUUUGCCCAUGUGUACUUUUUGGGCGUAAUGUUGAAACAUUACAAGAAGAAAUAUCCCAGAAUGGGGCUUGUAUUUGUCAUGUGAUAUUUGUUGAAGGUGGCAUGGCUCUAGCUGCAAUCACUGCACUUGUUAGUGGAAUUGAUCCAGACACAACACUACUCAUUGUUGAGGGUUUAUUGUUCGCUUGGUGGGGAUGUGGUAUAUACACCAGCAUGGCUAGGCAAUCUUUGCAACGAAAGUAUCAUCUAAAGGAUUCGCCAUGCGAUCCAUGCAUGGUGCACUGUUGCAUGCAUUGGUGUGCUUUAUGCCAAGAAUAUAGGGAGAUGAGAAGUCGCUUAGGUGAUAAUCAUCACGAGGGAACCAUUGUGAACCCUCCGCCAACUCAAGAGAUGAAUGUUAUAACAAAACAAGAAUCUGCCAACUCAAAACAAGAAUCUGCCAGCUCAAAACAAGAACAAGCUUCUUCCGAGAAUGAUGCCAAGAAUAGACUAGCAAUACAACCCGCAUAA